AUGCUAAGGGCACGAACAGUUGUAUCCAAAUAUGCUCCUAAGCACAUUUCAUACUCAACGAAAGCAACAGUUGUUAAUGACUCUAAAAAUUCAUUGAAUAUCUCAGAAAAGAAAGUAGAUAAUAUAUUGAAUGAAGUGAAUAAGGACCAAAAAUUGUAUAUGAACGAUCCAGUGUCACCAGGGUCCAUAUUUUUCCUUCCUGAUGGAACCAAGAUAUUUAAUAAAUUAGUAGAAUUUAUGAAAUUACAACAAGAAUAUAAAUUUGGGUUCAAAGAAGUUAUAACUCCUCUAAUAUACAAGAAAUCCUUAUGGGAACAGAGCGGUCAUUGGAUAAACUACAAGGAUGAUAUGUUCAGAGUAGAAAGUCAAGAUAAAUCAAAGGAAGAAUAUGGCUUAAAACCGAUGAAUUGCCCAGGUCACUGUAUGAUCUUUCAACAUGCAGACAGAUCAUAUUCGGAAUUACCAAUGCGAUUAUCAGAUUAUUCUCCUUUACAUAGAAACGAAGCAUCAGGUGCUUUAUCAGGUUUAACAAGAGUUAGAAAAUUUCAUCAGGAUGAUGGUCAUAUAUUUUGCACACCUGAACAAGUUGGGGAAGAAAUUGCUAAAUGUAUUAAAUUAAUCGACUUAUGUUAUAAAAGGGUAUUUACAUUAAAUCGUAAUUCAGGUCCAUCCUAUACGUUAGAAGUAUCAACAAGACCUGAAAAAUAUAUCGGUGAAUUGAAAACUUGGGAUCAUGCUGAAGAUAUGUUAAAAAAUGCAUUGGAAUCUUUGAAAAAAGAUUAUUCAAUAAAUGAAGGCGAUGGUGCAUUUUAUGGACCAAAAAUUGAUAUUAAAGUUACUGAUCAUAAAAAUAAGUCACAUCAAGUGGCCACAAUCCAAUUAGAUUUCCAAUUACCAGAGAGAUUCAAGCUUCGUUAUAAAGAUAAAGACAAUACUUAUAAAAGACCAAUUAUGAUACACAGGGCAGUAUUUGGUUCUUUGGAGAGAUUUAUCGCAAUGCUAGUUGAAACUAACGAAGGUAGUUGGCCUUUCUGGCUAAAUCCUCGUCAAGCAAUGAUAAUUCCUGUAAAUACAAAGAGCGCAGAACAAGUAAAAAUGGCUAAAGAAGUGCAUUUGAAAUUAAAAGGUGAGGAUAUUGGCUCCAAGAAUGAUUUCAGUAUUCCAGUUCCAAAUAAUGGAUAUCAUUUCAAUGUUGAUAUUGACUUAAGAUCAGAGCCAAUAGGGAGAAGAAUAAAAGAUGCCAUUAAUAAAAAGUAUUCUUACAUAAUAACUGUAGGAGAUAAUGAAGUAAAAUCAAAUAUCUAUUCGAUCAGAAACAGACAAACUUUUGAAAUUGAAGCAUUAAGUUAUGAAAAGAUUUUUGAACAGUUUAAAACAUUACAAACAAAUUACAGUUAG